GGCGGGCAGCUCUAGUCGGCGGAGGGGUCUUUCAGCUCAGUGUGUGUGUGCGCGGUGCAUGGGGAGAGAGGGCAGGUUCUGGUUCUGAUGGUUCUGAUGGUUCUGAUGGGUCAUGGCUCGUCCUCCUCCGGACCCCGUGUUUACUCUGAGGGGGUCGGCGGCCCCCGUUAACACCCUCCACUUCCACUGCAGCCGAGCAGGACCUCCCACACUGUACUCGGGGUCAGGUAAAGGUUCUGUACACGUGUGGAACCUGAACACUCGGAGAGCAGAGACGGUUCUAGACGGCCAUAAUGGAGCUUCAGUUAUCUGGAUCAGAACCGUCCGAGCCACCGACACGUUCCUCAGUCAGGGUAGGGAUAUGAGAGUGUGUGUGUGGGAUCUGGCUGAAGGUCGGGCUGCAGUAACACACUCUCUCCACACGGGCAGCGUGGGAUUCUGCCAGUGCAGCCUACUGGAGUCCACCAGAACCCUGCUGGCACUGCCAACCCAGCACACCGAGGAGAUUAAAGUGGUGGAGUUAGAAACUCAGACUCCUGUUUGCUCAUUAAUUCCAGACUCGACGCGGGGGAUGCUGAUGUGUAUGAAGAUGUGGCAGGCGGACUCUGGUCCUCUGCUAUGUGCUGGUUAUGAAGACGGCUCGCUGGUCCUCUGGGAUGUUUCUAAUAGGCGUCCUCUCAGCUGCCUGAAGGCCCACCCUGAUCCUGUAAUGUGUUUAGAUGUGGAUUCAGGCAGACAGAAGGGCGUCUCGGGGUCCUCAGACCAGAACCUGAUCUCCUGGAGCUUCAGUGAUCAGCAGAACCUUCAGGUGCAGGACUCCGUCCCGUUGACCAAUCCCGGCGUCUCUCAGGUGCGUAUCCGUGGCGACGGGAGGAUCGUGGCGACGGCGGGAUGGGACGGCAGCGUUCGGGUUUUCGGGUGGAGGAGACUGAAGCCCCUCGCCGUCCUGCAGCACCAUCAGGACCCGGUCCAGAGCCUGGAGUUCUCCGACCAUCAGGACCCCACCCAGAGACUGCUGGCAGCGGGAUCUACCGACCAGCGAAUCAGCAUGUGGUCCAUUUACACCCACUGCUGACUCCGCCCCCUCGAAUCACUCUCCUUCUGCAGGACUCACCAAUCAGGAGCCUGCAAUCAGUGGAGGGAGGCAGGUCACAUGGUUCCAAUAUUAGCAUGUUAGCAUAUUAGCGUAACUUUGGUUUCUGCUAAUGAUGACAUCAUACGUUUUUUUUUUUUUUUUUUUAUUAAUGUCAAAAAUAUACAACUGCAAUAAAAUUAAACAGUAUAAAUUA